UAAACAUGUAAAAUAGAGGGCUUGGCCAUGAACAGAUACCUUCGAUUUUGAGCCCUUCGAUUUUUUUUAAAAAGAAUGCAGGCCCAACUUCAUUUCAUAAUUUCUUUCAUAUCUAAAAACUUACAGCCGCUCUAUAUAAAUUUCCCCAAAUCGGAAAUCCUAUUAGGGUUUUAGACCUUUUUCAAGAUUCGAAAGGAAUAAGCUUCAGCGUCCAAAUCGGGAGGAAAUGGUGAAGGGACGCCAAGGAGAGCGUGUCAGACUCUAUGUAAGAAGAACCAUCUUGGGUUACAAAAGGGAGAUCGAGUUAGAGUCUUCAUGUACCCUAGCAAUAUCUUACACGUGGAAUUAAACUCCCUGCGUAUGGAUUGCCUUCGAAACCUCAUCUUCUUCUGCUCUAGAAAUUUUAAUAUCGAAUUCCCUUUUUUGAAAGAGAUAAUGGUUGAGGAUUGCCCGAAAUUAAAAGAAUUCAUUAGUAAAAGCAGUACUGAGUCCGGCAUGCAUACUCUCUUCAAUGAGAAGGUGUGAGAUUUUGAAAAAUCUACUUCCAGCGUCAAUAGCUAAACAUCUUUUACAACUUGAAGAUUUAAGCAUAAGUGAUUGUGGGGUGGAGGAGAUUGUAUCGAAAGGGAAAGGAGUAGAGGAUCGACCUAUGAGGUUUGAGCUUCCCAAAGUGUCUUCACUUGAGGUUACAUCCCUAAAAGAGGUCAAAUGUUUCUAUAAAGGGCAACAUACAAUGGUGUGGCCAAUGUUGAAAAAAUUGACCACAGAUGGUUCUGGUUUGCUAAUGAGAAUGGGUUUAGAAGAUGUUAGAAUGGAAGAAAGAAAGGGAAAUGGGGAGGCAGUUUUGGUGGUGGAAGAGUGGAAUUGCUGUAUCAAUGGUAAUGAAAUAUGUAGACAAUAUUGUGAAGGUCUAUUCUACUUCAGUGGCAAUGCUUCUCACUGCCGUUGUUUCAGUGUUUCUGUUCGGCUUCAAUCUUACCCUUGCUUUCUUCCUCGGUGCUACGUGAUCGAGAUUCCGUUUAACAAUUUUCUUUAUUGCUGGAACAAGUCUUAACCAAGAUCAAGGUCAAAGUACUUCACUAAGUUAUAUAUGCAGGCAUUGCAAUGAGAGGUGAUGAUGAUUAGGCAUUAUAUUCUCACUAGGAUGAAUUUUGUUUUAGAAAUUGUAAUACCUUGUGUGUCUCUCUGUGUGUGUGUUUUUUUAUGUAUUAAAUUUAAUUUCAUUAAUUUCUAUAUUUAGUUUUGAAGUUUAAAUUUCAAUGGAAAA